CAAAUUGCUUCGUUUACUCAAAUGGAGUAAGUUCACAGCGCUCAUCAAGAUUAGUUGUUGAGCUUAAAUGGUUUGUUGCAAUCGGUUUCCUGAGUUACCUUAACUUUUCUGGGUUUCCCUGACUGCUUGACUAGCGAGCUGAUUGAGACAUCAAUUGAUUUCUGUUUCUAAUGUUAAUUUUUAAUAUAUCAUUGUGUUCAAACACACAGAAAACAGCCUGGAAGACGACUCAUGUGACUGCUUAAUAUGCAGACGGCGUUUAUUAAAAAGGAGAGGGAAGAACUGACGAUUGAAGAGCCGCUGAGUGUGAAACGUGAAUACACUGAGCAGCAAACAGAAAACAGCCUGGAAGACGACUCAUGUGACUGCUUAAUAUGCAGACGGCGUUUAUUAAAAAGGAGAGGGAAGAACUGACGAUUGAAGAGCCGCUGAGUGUGAAACGUGAAUACACUGAGCAGCAAACAGGUCUGAUGCCGUUGAAAAAGGAGCAAGAUUUCACUGAAAUGGAUGAUAAUGAUCAGCUUGAGAACCAUCACGACUUAAGAAAAUGCACACAGACUGAAAGGACUUCCUCCCAAAAAACAUCUCCGAAGAGAAAACCUACAAGUCCCGUCUCCUGUAGCCAGUGCGGGAAAAGUUUCGAUCGAAAGAAAAAGCUGGAUGUCCACAUGACGAUUCACACCGGAGAGAAGCCUUUCAGCUGCCAACAGUGUGGAAAAAGCUUCACGCAAAAAGGCAACCUUAAAGUCCACAUGGGGAUUCACACGGGAGAAAACUCGGUCAGCUGCCAACAGUGCGGGAAAAGCUUCACGCAGAAAAUCAACCUGAAAGUUCACAUGAGAAUCCACACCGGAGAAAAGCCGUACAGCUGCGGUCAGUGCGGACAAAGCUUCACCCACAAGAACAACCUCAACGCCCACAUGAGGAGUCACAGCGGACAGAAGAUGUUCAUGUGCGGUCAGUGUGGAACGAGAUUCACACGUAAAGGAGGCCUCGAGAACCACAUGAGGAUUCACACUGGAGAGAAGCCCUUCAAGUGUGGUCAGUGCGGACGGAGGUUCACACGUAAAGCGUCUCUUGGUACCCACAUGAAGAUCCACACUGGAGAAAAGCCGUUCCCAUGUGAUCAAUGUAGAAAGAGUUUCAGGCGUAAAGUGACGCUCGAUAGCCACAAGAGGAUUCACACCGGAGAAAGGCCUUUUGUAUGCUUUCAGUGUGGAAAGAGCUUCAGAUUUACAGGAAACCUUAAUCAGCACAUGAGGAUUCACUCAAACAAACGCACACACAAUCUAAACGGUUUUAAAUGUCUUCAGCGUGGAGGAAGUUUCAGAGACUUUAGGAAUCAUUUAUUAACUAAAGAGAAGGCUUUCAUGUGUCGUUGCUGUGGAAAGAGUUUCACUAAUUCAAGAAACCUGAAGCUUCACACCGGAAAAAAACCUUUUAAAUGUCUUGAGAAGAGUUUCACACAUCUGAAAAAUCCCUUGCCUGGUCGCUCUGGGAAAAGGUGGUUAAAUUGUGAUCAGCGCGAUAAAACAUUUAUUUUGGCAUCACACUUACAGAUACACUUGAAAAGUCAUGCCGAUUUCAGACCUUAUUUGUGUUGCUCGUGUGGAAAGAGAUUUCAAUGGCUCAGCAAUUUAAAAUGGCACCAGAUAGCGCGUAUCUGUGUGAAAGCAAGGCUUCGAUCACACAACAGCUGAAUGAAGGAACGUCUUUACUUUUUCUUUUGU